AUGAAAACAUCAAGCGCAUUGCAAUUAGGUCAGAGGGAACGUAAGCACUUGUACUGGGGUGGUGGAAGGGGUGGAGGGGGUGUGGGGGGGGGGUGGGGGUUGGUUUUUUUUUUGGGUGUGUGUUGUUUUGUUUGUUGUUUGUGUGGGUGUUUUGGUUGUUUUUUUUUUUGGGUGUGUGGUGGUUGGUUUGGUUGUGUGGUGGUGUUUUGGGGUGGGGGGGGGGGGGGGGUGGGGGGGUGGGGGGGGGGGGGUUGUUGUGGUGGGGGGGGGGGGUGGGGGGGGGGGUGGGGGGUUGGGGGGGGGGGGGGGGGGGGGUGGGGGGGUGGGGGGGGGGGGGGUUUUUGGUGGUGGGGGUGGUGUCCCCCGCGUUUGACCCCUGACUGUAGCAGAUUUCACAUCUUACUGGUUGCUCCCUAG